UUACUAAUUAACCGAUUUGAACAUAUUAUUUGCAGUUUGUUACUUUAUUCCUUGGUACUAUCUCAAGGGUAACAAAAAUUGAUUACCAGCAGAUUACAGAUCAGAUAAAGCAAUGAUUUAGAAAAGUAAAUGUUGACAAAACGACGCAAUUUCCAAGGGAUUGAGUACAUCUCUGAUGACUGGAAUAAUAGCGAAAUAAUUACACUGUAAACUGGAAAAAAAAAUUUGGCAUAAAAUCUACAAUACUAUGAACGUUACCAAAACAACUCAAGCGCCAAUUUUUCUGGAACUAAAUGUAUUUGUUUCCCAAUCGACUUAGAUUCAUUUUAAAGACAAUUGAUUUUAGGCGUCUCCUUAAAUAAAAAUAGCGUUAGGUCUGGACACCUUGCUAGCCAUUGAAUACGACCUCGUCUGGCAAAAUAUCGAUACGAUACUGUACGAUUACCGCACGCAUAUCUUCUACUUGGCGUUCAAAAUUAAAUUAACUUCUCAAAAUAUACACUGAGGAUUUUUAAGAAGACUGAAAAAGCAGGUGAAUAAUUUUUCAAAAAAUUCCCGAGACACUUCAACGUUUUAAUGAAUUUACCCACGUUUUACAAGCAAUAACGAAUAUAAAAGGCCUCAGGGUUACUGAAGCAACCUUCAACACGUUUUUCAAAUGAAAUCCUUGUGAAGCGUCUGACCCAAAAUAACACUUUGAGGAUGGUUUCAGCUACUCCUGAAGGGCAAUAUUUUUCAUCUUGCUUGAAAAAUGUAACUAAAAUGUAAAAAAUAUCCACCUCUCCGCUAGCGAUUUUUUCCAGUUAAUGUCUCCACUCUAUACAUAUAUCUAUUUCGCACAAUCAGUUAAAUACGAACAUAUUAUUUGUUAUCAGCUAUUUUCAUAUUCCUAAAGUGUGUUUAUUAUAUAUUAUAUCACAGUUUAAAUUGUGAAUCCACAAUUAGCAACAGUACAGUUUUAUAAGUUAGAACGUUAUGCUUUAGAAGCAAUUAAAACUAUCGAAAUGUCACAAGUUUGCUUUCUAAUUCUAAGUGUUUUCAUGUGAGUCCUAUAUUACGCAUGUUAUUAGUUAAAAAGAGAUGUAAAAAUAGUUUUGAAUGAAAAAAGUCGAUGGUAGCAACUUUUUGAUUCUACUUCGUACAUCUAAAACGUGUUCGUUUAUUAAUCGGUUUGAAUUACUUUGAAAAAUCGCGUUUCCUUUUCAUGUUAGUUGGAAUGGAAGUUAAACAACGAGGUUUUAAUUAUUAGUUACUUGUUUACUAAAGGUAUAAAACUGAUUGAAAUGAAAAAGAAGUCGACCCUACAAUUAUGUUAAGAUUCUUGACUUCAUUUUUUGGAAAUUUAUUUCAAAUAAUGCUUCACUUAUUGACGUGGAAAAAGAAUAUAAUUCAGAAUCUACUCAGCAUUUAUGUUAAGACAAUCGGUGGAAGUACUCUAUGUAUUGAUGUGGACCCAAAAUGUAAAGUAUCCUACAUCAAGAAACUGGUUGCACCCCAAUUGGGACUAGAACCUAACGAAAUGAAAGUUAUAUUUGCCGGAAAGGAGUUAGGUGAUGACAUUGUUAUAGAGGAAUGCGAUUUAGGACAACAAAGCAUUUUACAUGUCGUAAAAAUCAAACGCUGUUCGGACCAAAAAAAUAACAUUUCCUCUAGAGGGGAAAAAUGUUUCACUACCAGUACCCCAAAUUUGAAAAAUGGUGGUUUGUUGCCAUUGUGUGAGAUAUUAGAUGAUUCAAUGUUUUCCACUGGUUCCGAAAGUAGAACGAAUUCAAUUUCGGUUGACGCUUCUGAUAUGGACAACUCAAGCGCUGAUAUAAAGGAGACGGAAAUAAGUGAAGAUCACAGGCAAAGGCCAAAAAAGGUACAUUUUUUCGUAUACUGCCCGACUUGCAAAGAUAUGAAAAAUGGAAAGCUGAGAGUCAGAUGUCACUUUUGCAAAAGUGGGGCCUUUACAGUACACUCAGAUCCACAAUCCUGGACCCAUGUAUUAGAGCCGAAACAGAUUACCGGAACAUGUGAAAAUGUUCCAGAACAUUGCGAGCUCCUAUUACAAAACAAAGAACCUACUUUCGCUGAGUUUUAUUUUAAAUGCUCAGAGCAUGUAUCUUUAGGCGAAAAUGACCAAGCAGUUCCAUUAGAUCUAAUUCGUCCUAAUCUGAAACAAGUACCAUGUUUGGCUUGUCUAGAAGCGCCAGAAAUAAUGUUUACAUUUCCCUGCCAAAAUGAUCAUAUUGCCUGCUUAUACUGCUUCAAACAGUACUGCAUGUCUAAACUGACCGAACGGCAAUUCUGGCAACAUCCCGAAUAUGGAUACACUUUGAUUUGCCCAAAUGGUUGUGCAGAUUCAUUUAUUAAAGAAAUUCAUCAUUUUAGAUUACUAGACGAUGUAAAUUACGAGAGAUAUCACCGAUUUGCCACAGAAGAAUUUGUGCUGCAGGCUGGUGGCAUUUUAUGUCCUCAGCCGGGUUGUGGAAUGGGAAUAUUAGCUGACCCUGAUUGUAUAAGAAUAACUUGCCAAAGUUGCAAAUACGUUUUUUGUCGUAACUGUCGCCAAGGGUUCCACAUUGGUGAAUGUGACACAGUAGAAACUCCCGAAAAUGGACUCUUAAAUGGUAACUGUAAUAAUGAACUAAGCUGUGACAAUGAAAGUAAAGGAGAUGAUGCAUCGAGAACCACCAUUAAGGUAAUUACGAAACCAUGUCCAAGUUGCAAAACACCAACCGAACGAGAUGGUGGAUGCAUGCACAUGAUAUGCACUAGAUCAGGCUGUAAAUUUCACUGGUGCUGGGUUUGUCAGAUGGAAUGGACUAGGGAAUGCAUGGCCGAUCAUUGGUUUUGAUAAUCCAUUAUUUUUCAGUAGUAUCGUCAUAGUACUUUCAGUUUUUUUAAACCAUUGUUUUUUAAUUUAUUUUCCAUUUUACAAUUGUUUAUGUUUCAGAAAGUUGGGUUGUUAAUUAAAGGCGCUUUAUAAAUGUCUUCAAAUGUAUUAUUACGAUUAUUUAGGAACAUAAAAAUGGUGGAAGGUGGAAGUCAAUUGAUUGAGCGAUUAUAUUUUUGAAGUAUGUAUUAUAUUACAUAAUAAUCAACAUAAAUGCAAUAUUUUUUGUAAAAAGGGGUUUUAAAAAUACAAAAAUACAAUUAGAUCUUAAUUUGAAUCUUUGUUCCUAGAAAUUUUAUAUUAAAUAUACACUGUAUAGAAUGUUAUUAAAGCAAACAGCCAAACUUCAGUACCUUGUAACAAGUUUAUGCGAGCAUUUCUCCGAAAUGCAAUUGUUUAGUCAAAAAUAAUUUUCAUCUGCGCAGAAAAAUUCAAUAGGUAAAUAAAUGACUUUCGUUUAAUUGUUGGUA